AUGAAGAGGAAGUUCUACUCGUGGGAUGAGUGUAUGAACUUACGAGAAGUCAAGUCUCUGAAGAAGUUGAGCCAUGCCAACGUAGUGAAGCUGAAGGAGGUGAUCCGAGAGAAUGACCACCUCUACUUUGUCUUUGAGUACAUGAAGGAAAACCUCUACCAGCUGAUGAAGGACAGACAGAGAUUGUUCCCUGAGUCGGUGAUCCGGAACAUGCUUUUUCAGAUAUUACAGGGACUCUCCUUUAUCCAUAAACAUGGUUACUUCCACCGUGACAUUAAACCAGAGAACCUGCUCUGUAUGGGUCCAGAGUUGGUGAAGAUAGCUGACUUUGGGUUGGCCAGAGAGAUACGCUCCCAGCCUCCCUACACUGAAUACGUCUCAACUAGAUGGUACCGCGCCCCUGAAGUUCUCCUGAGGUCCCAGUCCUAUAGCUCUCCUAUAGACAUCUGGGCAGUGGGCUGCAUCAUGGCAGAGCUCUACACACUCAGACCUCUGUUUCCUGGAAACAGCGAGGUGGACGAGAUCUUCAAGAUCUGCCAGGUGCUGGGCACCAUGAAGAAGACUGACUGGCCCGAGGGCUACAACCUAGCAGCCUCGAUGAACUUUCGUUUCCCCCAGUGUGUCCCGACCAGCCUGCGCUUGCUGGUCCCCAACGCCUCCAAUGAGGCCCUGGUUCUGAUGAGGGACAUGCUGCAGUGGAACCCCCAGAAGAGACCCACGGCCAUACAGGCUCUGAGGUACCUGUACUUCCAGGUGGGCCAGGCGUUGGGUCCUCCACCUCAGUACCUGGAGGAGCACAAAGUCCAGAGCAGGACAGCAGCAGCUCAGCAGGCCUCCUCUACAGAGCCCAAACCUCUCCCCCUCUGCAAGGCCGACCUCCAGACCAUCUUAGAGACCCAGCCCCAGCCAACCCAGGGACAGGGCAGUGUUCAGCACCACCAGCCCCUCCAGCAGAUCCACCAGCCUCAACACAACACAGACCAUCACAGACACUCCAACACAGACUGGGAUGGACACAGCCAGCACCAGUACCAGCCAUCCCCACUCAGCCUGGUCAAACACACCCAGACACAGAAAGCGGGGUGUGAGAACACCAUGUCAGGGUUCAGGAGCAGUAGGAGGCGGUGGGGACAGACGUCAGUGAAGGCAGCAGACACCUGGGAUGAGGUGGAUGACUCGGACCUGGGCAUCUCCUUCUCCAAGAAACCCAGCAUCGCAUCUCUCAGGGACAAACACCAGGACAACGACAACUACCGGUCUGCAGAGCCCAAGUCCAACACGUCAUCAGUGAAGCAGCACUAUCUGCACCAGUCCAGAUACCUCCCUGGCGUGAACCCUAAGACCAACAAGAGCAGCUUUCAGCAGCAGCCUGAAAGGAGUGUGUGGGCCAACUCCUCUUUAACCAGGGCACAGGGAACAGGACUGCCACUUACUAAAGAUAACUUCCUGAGUAACACCUACAACCCUGCCAGCAGUAGCAGUUACACGUCAUCGUUUCAGAAGGAGAUGGGAUCAGCUGGACACAGGACCCAUCACCUAGCAACCGUAGGAGGCAACUCUGCUAAGUACGAGGGAUGGAAGACCAAGUCCAUGAAUCCUCAGAUCCCUGGAUCUUCUAGCCUCAACAGCAACAGUGGAGGGAAGAUCACCUCGUCCAGACCUCCUCCUAUCCAGCCUGUUCACGGACGGGUGGACUGGGCCACCAAGUACGGAGGAGGCCACCGGUAGCACAGCCCACUAUAGCCAGAUGACUGAGAAGAGUACCCAUGGGACCCCACUGUAGCCAUAUGACUGAGAAGAGUACCCAUUGACCCCACUAUAGCCAGAUGACUGAGAAGAGUACCCAUUGACCCCACUGUAGCCAUAUGACUGAGAAGAGUACCCAUUGACCCCA